AUGCAGCUCCCCACCCUCCUCACAGUCGCUGCGACCUUGUCCCUGGCCCCAACAGGUGCAUUCGCGGGUCGAGGAUCUUACCUGACGGUCAAGCCAUCAGAGCUGGACAAACACAUAGCCCAAUUGGAAGAGUACCUGAGGAACCCACCAUGCAAGGUCACGAUUUACGCUCCGCCGCCGAAAAAGGGGCGAACCCAGCUCCGCACCGAGAUGGGCUUCGCAUCUGCCGGGAAGAAUGAGGAUGUUCCCGUCAAGAUCGCGUCUACCGGCCACACAUAUCAGUGCAGGACCGAUGCGACUUGCGAAGAGCCUGUAUGCCACGGGCUGCCCAACGGGUGGACGUACGACGGUGUCUAUAUGCACACGUUUACAGAGUUAUCACUCGAGCAGUUGAAGGCUCAAAAAGCCGCCCAAACUUCUCGCCACUGA